AUGCAAGAAUCCUACAGUGGUUCUAGAACCUCAACCAAAAAAAAGGGCAUGCCUAGGUUGGAACCUGAUUUGCUUAAUUGGUCGAGAACUAAAAGAGGAUCUAGAGGUGGUAGAAGGGAUGGUGGAGGAAGGAGUAAAGGUGGUGGUAGGGAUCUAGUGAAGGAGUCCAAAAUGAAAUCUUUAUACACUACAGAAGAGAUCAUGGACUGUCUUGGACUCAGUGAAGCAGAAUUACAACAAAUUAAAGGUCUUGGAUUGAGUGAAGAAAAAGUACAACAAAUUGAAGAUGUGGAUGUUGUUAUCUCACAAGAUGUUGGAAUUUCUAUCCAAAUAACAAUUGAUCAAGCACUUGGAGAUGAGGAAAUGAUGAAUGAGGAGGAUGGCAUAGAUGAGCCAGGGAUGAGUGAGGUAAUGAGGACUGAGGAAAGGAUGGAUGGUGAGAGAGAAAUACCUAUCACACAACAAUCGAAUCAACUCAGAAGGAGGCCUACAAAGAGGAGCAAAGUGAAUUAA